AUGGGAAAAACAAAGCCCCCAGAGGAGGACAGCGGAUCGUUGAGAUGGUUUUGGUCGUUGAUCAUACGGAGUGCUGUAGAUUUUGUUGGAACAACGGUUGGGUUGGCUACAAUGAAUGCUAUGUGCUCUCCAUCUUCCGGUGCUGUGAAUCAGGACCAUAAUAACAAUCCCAUUGCAGUGGCUUCUACCGUUGCACAUGAAAUGGGUCAUAAUCUGGGUAUGUCACAUGAUGAUUCAAACUGUGGAUGCUCCUCUUACACGGGCUGCAUUAUGGGAGAUACAAUUGGGCAUAUUUACCCUGAUUCCUUCAGUGCUUGCAGUCAGUCGAACUUGAAGGCAUUUUUGCAGAACUUUGACAGUAGCUGUCUACUAGACAUUCCAGAUGAGGGUGAACUAUAUGGAGGCCCAGUUUGUGGAAAUGCUUUUGUUGAAAAAGGCGAAGAAUGUGACUGCGGAACUGUUGAGGAAUGCAACAAUCCCUGCUGCAAUGCCUCCACCUGUCGACUGACCGUAGGGGCCCAUUGUGCACAUGGGGAGUGCUGCCACAAUUGCCAGCUGAAACAUUUAGGUAGCCUGUGCAGACAGAGUGCUCACGACUGUGAUUUGGACGAGUACUGUACAGGAAAGUCAGCCUUCUGUCCUGAAGAUGAGUAUAAGAUGAAUGGACUCCCCUGCAAUCAUAAUCAGGGCUACUGUUACAAUGGACAAUGUCCAACACAUAAGGAACACUGCAAGAUGCUGUGGGGAUCAGAUGCAGAAGUGGAUGUUGACACCUGUUUUAGUUAUAAUGUACUUGAUAGAACCUCCAAGAGCACUGAGCACAUGAAAUGUGGGAAAAUAUACUGUUAUGGUGGGAAUACUUUCCCCAUAACCAAGGAAAAAUCAACAAUAACUUUUCAAUCAAAAAUCUGCAACAUGGCUGUGGAUCCCUCGCCCACAGAAGACUUGGGAAUGGUUCCAACAGGCACCAAAUGUGACACUAAUAAGGUGUGUUACAACAGCCUAUGUCAAGACAUUAGUUUAUACGGCUCUGUGAACUGCUCUGAUAAAUGCAACAAUCGUGGGGUGUGUAACCAUAAGAGGGAGUGUCACUGCGAUCCAGGCUGGGACCCACCCAACUGUGAUGUUCAACACUCAGAACUUUCAAAAACGAGACAUGCUGUGAUAAUUGGUGUGUCCGCAUCUGUAGUCAUCCUUGGACUGAUCAUUAUUAUUGGAGCACUGGUGUGUCACAGGAACAAAAUAAUAGAAUUUAGAAAGAAAAGGUCUUUGAAGGACAUCCACAAAUCCUCAGGCCAGUGCAAUCCGGCAUUCCAACCGGGAAGUGCAAAGAACAGCCCCAGAUGCGCACAGCCACGCGUCAGUCAGCCAACUUUCCUUGAGUCAUCCACUAGUCUGACCUGCAAACCUCUCUACUCUCCGGCUACACCCUGUAGACCAGCACCAUUGGCUCCAAAGAAUGCACCACAAACUAGGAAUGAACAGAUGGUGAAACCAUCCGUCCCACCUCCUGGCAUUUCCAGAAACAUUCAUCCUGCUCAGGAAAAACCUCUGCUGCCACCAUCUAAACCACUUCCUCCAUCAAGACCAUUACCGCCACUGGUAUCUAAACCUGUGACUAAGUCAAAACCACCUCCAGUGCCUCCAACGAAACCUACUGGGAUACAGCCAGUAUUCACUCCACCUCAGGUCAUCCAGAAAGUUGCACUAAAACCUCCUGCCAGGCCCAGAUGAUCUGGAACAGUAUGAGUUACUCUGAAUCAUUGGGAGUUUUUAGAAGAAGCAGCUUACGAGCUAAACAAAGCUCAUAUUUCUUUGUGGUAUAGCUCUGAAUAACAAGAUGAAGUUAAGGAGGAUGGUAAAACAAAAUGAAGCAUUUUGCACUAUAGGAAUCGGCCGCGUUACUCUUUUGGUACGUCUUGUUUGUAAUUUCCUUUAUUGUAUUUUGGCUGUCUUUGCUGUUUAUUUAUUUAUUUUAUAUUUUCAUUUUGAGUUAUGUGUGCAGCUGUUUACAGUCAGUUCAGUUUGGGUCUCCCUGUAAAUCUACAUCACAUUGUCUCUCAAACAGCGUGUUCUUCAAAAAGACACUUUGUCUGCAAUGUAUUAUGGUGUGUUCAUUCUUGUUACUGCAACUUUAUUUUAUGUACUUGCAAUCUUAUACCAUGUAAUUGAGACCUUUUUCUUAAUUAUUUUUUACAUGUUAUUUGGACAUUUGAAAUUACAGGAGGGGUCCUGCAAAGAGGCUGGUGCCAUAGGGCCUUUCUCGAGCAUAAUCCGUCCUGGCUUUAGUGAUUUGCUUAUGUUCAGAUUUUGCCUUAUUUAUACGUUUCUUACACUUUUUUGUUGUUUGUUUUGUGAUUCUUGAGGUUUUUGCACUCCAACAAAGGCAAACAUUUGUUUUUUGCCUACCUAAUGUUUAAAUUCAAACUUGCAAUGAUCUCAGCUGGUCUGAUUUUACUCUUUAAUGAAAGAGUUUGCUGUUUUUAAAUUUGUUUACUAUAAUAAAGUUUUUCACAUUUCUCUUUUAA